AUGUUGACGAUCGAUUGUCUCCAAACGUUCAUCUUGGUCUUGGAGCAGAAUAAACAAAACAGAGGUGAGGGAAGUCAAACGGAGGCCAAAAAUGGAGAUAUUUCACUAUUGUUAGAUAAGGUGAAAACCGAGAUGAAGCCACAGGCGACUGCCCAUCGCGAGGGCGUCUACGGGUGGUACCCGCCAAGUCAUAACAUCUACGCCAAGCCAGCUUAUAAGCAGUUAUCCGGUUAUGACAAAGAAUGCCUCUUCAAACAUUGGUACAGCGCUUACUCAGGGGUGCCUGGUGUCCAGGUCCCACCACCACCAGGUCUCGGUUACGUCCAGGCCAAAGCCACAUCUCGGGCUGGGUCUCAAGCGUCUCAGCGGUCCAGAGCAGCGACAAGCCAGUCGAUCCGAUCGGACAGGAAGGCUAGUCCCACCCGCAUCAGGUAUCUCACAUCCUCAGGUUCGAUCAGACCAGGGAGCAAAUCAGCCGUCCUGUCACCAACCAAGGCGGCCAGAGAGGCCUGGAUGAACGAAGAUGGUUUUUCUUCACAGAAAGUAAUAGAGUAUGCGAAGCCAAGGACACCGAUGUCCAGAAUACCCUACCCUGAUCUGAGCUACUACGGCCCAUCAUACGACACACCCGUCAUCCCGGAGACACCACAGGUUUUCUUAGAAAGCCAGGCCAGUUACGCCGGAUCAGUGCCUAUCAAGCCACCACUGACUCCUCCCACACCCCCGCAGAGAUCCCCAAGUCCAUCACGGGCAAAGAGUGCUACCUCCUCCAGACAACGAUCAACCCCUGCUUCGAGGCGAUCUGUAAAGAGUGCGGGUCCGGUACGGCCGCAGAUGACACCUCCUGCCACAGAGAUUAGUGCCAUUGUCCAGGAUCUAGGAGUAACAACUGAACAACAUAUAGAUCUCUCCAUUCCUAUUCCGUCACCACCUCAACCACCAGCCAAGACGCCAUACGACGACGCGGAGAUACCAAAAGUUCUGACUCCCCCAUCGCCUCCGAGACCUGCGUCAAGUGCGAAACCACGCACCCCACCUAAGUCACGAACUCCAGCCGAAUCUAUCCUUGGCCAUGCGACUGUAGACCCUCGCAUGUCACCACCUGUACCAAGCCCGUCCGCAAGGACCCCGUUGUUGUCCUCGCAUCGAGACCGCAUCAAGAGCGCGCCCGUUGGGAGCCAGAAGUCCAGCCGUGUUUCAAGACCGUGUGCUCCAACUCCUUCAAAGUGCGCACAGAUAUCGAAGGAAGACAGUGAUGCUGGUUUGACUUAUGAUGAGUUGUUGGCCAAAUAUGGUUGGAGGAUGCAAGUCCACGGAGAUCCAUUGAACAUCAAGAAAAAGUGCAUCGACGAACGUUUGAAGUUCACAGUAAAGUGCCCAGAGCCGGAACAACUGCCCGACCCACCCAAGGUGCACAUCGAAGUAUGGGACACCUUCUUUUCCAAUACUAUACCCAGGAAACCUCUUUCGUAUACGAUUCAUCCCGACUUUGUCUCCGAGGUCCUUCACGCCAAACGUAUGGAAUUACAGAAGAGGGAGGGGUUAAACUAUAGAUACAAGGACUUUUCAUUCGUUUAUUGAUGAAACAUAUAUUGUGAAAAUGUGAUAUGAUGUUAUGAACUCCAGUGAUGGCCGAAAAAAACCAGCCACGUUAUAUAUAAUGGAUCAUCAUGAUCUAAGCACGGAACACAAUCUAAGUUGUCGCAACCUAGCCUAGCCAUAUCAUAUCAUAUAAACGGCGUCGUAACCCUAUUGGAUUUUUGCUGAAUUCUUCAAAUAUUCUGCAUUCUAUAUGAUUAUUCAAACGAGGGUGUGUAAACUGGGCUAAAGUAGUCAUAAUUCUGUAAAAUUAGGCAGCAACGGCGCUGAAAUUGAUGACGUCCAUUACAGUCUGCACGUGAAGUGCACGACGGGUCCGGACAGCUCCUAUCCGAUUUUAAGUGUAACGCGGCAUCGCCCUUCCUUCGACUUUCGAGUCCAAAGUGACAAUACUGAAGUGACACAGGAUUUCAAAUUCAACGCAAACUAUAGUCUUUCUGUUGUUAUUGUAAAUAUAAAUAUUAUUUUGAACAUGUACUUUGUAUCAUUAUUAUUAAAGUUUAUCUGUAUAAAGUUUUGUGUGGUCUUGUAUGAAAGUCGGGUGUCUCUUGGAGAACAGCCAGUGGCCAUGGGAGACACCCCAUCAACUUUCUGGGACCAGAAGUUGUAGUACUGUACUACGUUCCAAGCCAAUGAUACUAGUCAUCCAUGGAGACACCAUUAUGUUUCUCUCAAAGGACGAGUUCCCAGUCACAAAUGGUCAUAAACCAGCCUUUUCAAUAGAAGCCCGCUAUAUUUUCUCCAUAUUUGAGAGGAAGGAAUAUGCCCUCAAUCUCAGGAUGGA